AUGGAACCAUUCAAGGUUCUUGUCAUUGUUUUGGUUGCAUGCAUCUCGAUAUCCCAAGCUGCUAGCACGAAUCCUCCAGUACAAGGCCUGUUUGUUUUUGGGGACUCAGCGUUAGAUGGAGGACAGAACACGUACAUCCCGGGCUCCAAGAUUGUUAGCGCAAUUCCGCCGUAUGGAAAGACUUACUUCAGCAAGCCAACAGGGCGUUGGACGGAUGGUAGAACGAUUGCUGAUUUCCUGGCUCAAGCACUAGGCCUUCCAUUGUUGCCACCUUUUCUCGAGCCUGGCGCCAACUUUUCCAGUGGGGUGAACUUUGCAUCUGCUGGUGCAGGCUUGUUAGAUGAAACGAAUGCCCAUCAAGGAGUUAUUUCAAUGAAGCAGCAGCUGCGCCAGUUUCACAACGUCACAAAUGAGUACAAAAAAGAGAAGGGUGUGGAGUUUACGAACCAGCUCUUGCGCAAUUCAGUGGCAUUGUUUAGCAUGGGAGCUAAUGAUAUUGCUAAUGCUGUUCCCAGCUCAUUCUUGUUCCAGGAGAUGAUACAAGCAUAUUCAAGUGCUAUUCAGGUAAAACAAAUGCUGUUGUUAAUUGUGAAUGUAAAAGCUCAUGGAGGAAAGCUGGAGCCUCGACGUUUUUACAGUCUCUCUUACGGCUGCGAAUUGGAGCCUGCGUCAAUGAGAGAAUUUGAGGGUAAACACGCAUGA